AUGUGUUGUAAUUGGUCAAGUGAAAAGGGUAGUGCAAGAUUUAGUUUUAGAAUAUGCAACAAAGGGAAUAGAGAGAGACCAAGCUGCUCAAUUAGAUAUGCCGCCACCACCAUCAAUUUCUUUAAGUCAAAAGGGAGGAAGUUCAGUCAUGAAGAUUGGCAAGCUUAUUUUGCUGCACAUGUAAGUGAGGAAUCCGCAUUUAUUGAUACAAAGAGUGAGUUGGAUUAUUAUCUUGAAGAGAGACCGGUACCACAAACUGAACAUAAUUUUGAUAUCUUAAAUUGGUGGAAGUCAAAUGGAGCGAAGUUUCUGACUUUGCAAGCUAUUGCUAGGGAUUUUUUGGCGAUUCCUAUAUCUACCGUUGCCUUUGAAUCUUCAUUUAGUACGGGUGGUCAAUUUGUUACGCCACAUCGUAGUAGGUUGCGUCCGGACACAUUAGAGACUCUAAUGUGUAAUCAAGAUUGA